AUGUGGCCCUUCAGCAGCGCAACUUUCGUCCCGGCAACAAGCAUCCAAGGCCUUGCCGGCAAAGUCAUCCUCGUCACCGGCGGCAACAAUGGUAUCGGGAAGGAGACGGUCCUGCAGCUGGCGAAGCACCAUCCUCGAAAGAUCUACCUCGCCUCUAGAACGGAAUCCAAAGGGCGCGACGCCAUCUCAUCCAUUAAAUCGCAGACCUCGCAAGAUCUUGACAUCGAGUACCUCCCCCUUGAUCUCACCUCGUUACCGUCGAUCAAGCAAGCUGCCGAUCACGUCAUCAGUCACCGUGACCGCCUGGACAUUCUUAUUCUGAACGCCGGUAUCAUGGCUGUCCCACCCGGGAAGACAGCUUCAGGACAAGACAUCCAAAUGGGCACCAAUCACGUCGGACACUUCUUGUUGACCAAACUGCUCCUCCCAACGCUGCAGAGAACAGCGAACGAGCACAACGCCGACGUGCGUGUCAUUUCCGUUUCUUCAGAAGCGCACAACAUGGCCCCAAACCUCGACACAAUCCUCUCGACCGAGAAGUUGGCGGCUACUGGGCCUUGGACUCGAUAUGCAGCCUCCAAAGCUGCCAACAUCAUGUUUGCCGCCGAGUUGGCCCGGCGUUACCCAGCACUCACUAGCGUUUCUUUGCAUCCCGGCGUCAUCAAAACGGACCUGUAUCUCCCAAACGCAGAGACCAACGCGCUAGUCAGAUGGGGCGCCAGGAUCGUCGGUCCUGUCUUAUUUGGUACCGUCGAGACAGGUGCCCUGAAUCAACUCUGGGCAGCCGCCGGCGCGAAAAAGGAGGAACUGGUCAAUGGGGAAUACUACACGCCCGUCGGCAAGCACAGGACCAACAAGUGGUCGACAGACGCUGGUGCCGGACGCAAGCUCUGGGAAUGGACAGAGAAGGAGCUGAAGGCAUCCGGGUACUGA